CCACGUAUUUAUCGAUUGCGACUUUAGAUUGCUGACUUGAAAUUGUGACUUCAAACUUUCAGCGAGCAAAGUGACAUCGUUGAAGCAAGCACGAAAUAAAAAAGUUUUUUUUUCUUUUGUUAAUUGGUUUUGUUAAGAGAGACGCACAAAAAUGAAAAGUUUACUUUUGUCAAUGUUAUUUUGUUGUGGCCUCAUCAUUUACGAUUCCAGUGCUGUUCAACACAAUUUAUUCUAUGGGAAUUGUUCAAGAACUGCUCAUGAAUUGGUACCAAUUUACACGCAAGUCAUCACCAUGAAUAAUCCGCACGCUAUUCACAUGCCAUCACGUCCAGUUCGACGAUGGUACAAUUGGCUAUCGAACAUUUCAUUUCGUCGACGACCAACAACAACAUCUACACCACCACCACCAAUCGUUUCAGGAAAAGUUAUUAACGCAAGUGUCAUCUAUCCAGUGCCCGGCAUGGAAAAUUCCCAAACGAUUGAAUGUAUUCAAGUGAUCGAUAAUGUUCAAAAUGGUUAUGGUGCAUUUGCGUCGAUCGUUGGCGGUGGUUUUCAUCAAAAUAAAACGGAAAUCCGCUUGAUAUCACAACCAGGUGGCAUAAUUCAUUCAACAAUAACGAUUUUUACACACAAAAAGUCAUCGCCGUCGCCUCCACCACCUGCACAAACGCCAUUUGGUUGGAAACUGAAUUCAAACCCAAUUGUACAUCCGAAUCAAAUUCCAGGCUAUAAAUAUCCAUCGAACCAACAUCAAGCACACAAAUCGUAUUAUCCAUGGAAUGCCCUUCAUCAGAAAAAAUAAUUAUAAUAUCGACAUUUUUUUACCUUUUUGAAAACUUUCCAAAAACGAGUCGCUUGUUAAUGCCUCAAAUUAAAAAUUACAUUUGGGGAUGCACGUAAAUAAAAUAAAAAAUAAAAAACAAACAUAGAUUGUGAUCUUUUUAACUUAUAAUGGUCAAUGUCAAUGCAUUUAAACUAGCAAUAAAAAAAGACAAGUGUGUGGCUGCUUGAUUGCUCUUUGACUCCG